UACUGUCUCUCUAGUACCUAGCCGCAGCAUCUGGGAGAUCGGGACGGGGAUCGAUUGCCGGCCAUUUCUGAGCGAGCAAGAUGGGCAAACGUUUCCUCCACCAACUGCUCGCUGUCGUCCUUGCACUCUUCGUCUCGCCGGCGAGAUCGGGCGACUGGCUUCCGGCCACCGCCACGUUCUAUGGUGGCGCUGACGGCUCCGACACAAUGGGUGGCGCGUGUGGGUACAGCGACCUGUACGAGCAGGGCUACGGCAUCAACAACGCAGCGCUGAGCACGGCGCUCUUCAACGACGGCGCGUCGUGCGGGCAGUGCUACGUCAUCAUCUGCGACAGCAGCAAGACCCAGUGGUGCAAGCCCGGCAACAACUGGGUUGUCGUCUCUGCCACCAACUUCUGCCCGCCUAACUGGGACCUCCCCGCCGUCGGAGACCUCCCCGCCGGCGGCUGGUGCGCCCCGCCGCGGCCCCACUUCGACAUGUCCCAGCCCGCCUGGGAGAACAUCGGCAUCUACAGCGCCGGCGUCAUCAACGUCCUCUACCAGCGAGUCAAGUGCUGGAAGAGCGGCGGCGUGCGCUUCACCAUCGCCGGCUUCAACGGCUUCUACAUGGUGCUCAUCACCAACGUCGCCGGCAGCGGCUCCAUUCAGAGCAUGGCGGUGAAGGGCAACAGCACGGAUUGGAUCCCCAUGUACAGGAACUGGGGCGCCAACUGGCACUGCCUCUCCGGCGGGCUCGUCGGACAGGGCCUUAGCUUCGCGCUCGUCUCCACCGGCGGCCAGAACCUCGUCUUCAAGGACGUCGUGCCGGCGUGGUGGCAGUUCGGACAAACUUACACCACCUACCAGAAUUUCGACUACUAAGAAUCUAUAUACAAUGCUUCAUUCAUUCAUUCCACAAUUUGUAGCUAGUUUGGAAAUCACUUUAUAUUAUUAUACAACCGUGCGCCAACUGAUCAUUGAGAGGAUAUAUAUGUUGUAACUUGUAAGUAAAGUACUUGGUUAUUUCCUCUAAAAAAGUACACUCUCUU